UCUUGUUCUGUUGUUAAGGUUGAACAUUGAACAUUUUUGUUGUUUUCUUUUUUAGCUUAACUGAUAAUCUCUUUUUUCUGUUUUUCUUUUUCUCUAUUUUUUAUUCUUGGUGUUGAAAUUGAUCAUUUUUGGAUUUAAAUUCUCUUUGUUGUGUAUAAACAGUGUAACUUUUAGUUUCUUUUCCAUGGCACCAAAUAUACCAUAUAAAUGGUUAUUUAGGUCCACUGGUUAGAGAGAAUUUUUUUUUCUUCUUUUCCAAAUGUUCUACCAUUGGUGUCAGCUUUUUCUCCACCACCAUUUAUAUUAUGGUUUAAUACUGUUACUGUGUCUUCUACUUGGUUUAUCAUCUUCUCCUGUUUCUGCUGCUGGUUCUUCAUCUUCUACUGGUUAUGGUGGUGGUGGUGGUGGUGGUGAAUCUAUAAUUCAAAGAUUCAGUGGAAAUUUAAGUCAUUCAGAUGAUUUUAGGUUAAUUGUUCGUGAUGGUGAUUAUCUAAUUAUUGGAUCGAAAAAUUUAAUCUACAAUAUUAGCUUGUCAACCUUUGAACCGGUUAAGAAAAUUGAAUGGUAUCCAACGGAAAAAGAUCUUGACUCUUGUGUUCUUAAGGGAAUCAAUAGGGAGAAACGCUGUCAAAAUUAUAUUCGUGUUCUAGUUUUAAAAUCAGAUGGAGGCCUUUUUGUGUGUGGUACUCAUGCUUACAGGCCAAAGUGUCGAGAUUAUGUGCAAACAGUGAACGGAUAUGAAUAUCGAAAUGAAACCCCUGGAGAUGCUUUAUGUCCAUUUGGUCCAGAUCAAAAUAAUACAGCAAUUUUCGCAGAACCUGUAAAGGAUAAACCAGAAUCCAAACUUUAUGCAGCUACACCCACCGAUAGAGCGGGAAGCUCAUAUUCAAUUUCAAGAUUACCCUUGCAAACGAGAACUUCUGAUGUUCAACAAUUAAAUGAGCCCAAUUUUGUAAAUUCUCAGGUUUAUGGUCAACAUGUUUACUUUUUCUUCCGUGAAAAUUCCGUUGAAUUCAGUAACUGUGGUAAAGCUAUUUACCCAAGAGUUGCUCGAGUUUGUAUCAAUGAUCAAGGUCAUCCCUCAUUCAAAAGUCUAUGGACCAGUUAUCACAAAGUCCGUCUCGACUGUUCCAUUCCGGGAAAACUUCCUUUCCAAUUUAAUGAAUUACAAUCAACCAGUGAUAUAAUUAGAGGAAGUUAUAGUGGACGAGAUGCUGAUAUUUUCUAUGGAGUCUUCACAACACCCGAUAAUGCAUUAUCUGCAUCAGCUAUUUGUGCCUACACCAUGGGAAGUGUUCAAGAUAUAUUUGACAAUGGUCGUUUCCUUGGUCAAGAAAGGUUCAACUCUAUCUGGGCAGAGGUUCCUGAGUCACAGGUUCCCUCACCUAGACCAGGUCAAUGUGUUCCAGAUUCACGGGCAACAUCAGAUGCCCGGGUCAUCUUUACCCGAGAUAAACCCUUAAUGGCGGGUUCUGUUCGUCCACUUUUUGGUGUACCCAUUAUUAUGCAAACAAAUCCAAAAUUUAGAUUUACCAAAAUUACCGUUGACUCUCAAGUAGAAACCGUGUCCGGGUCACGUUUUGAUGUACUUUUUAUUGGUACAACUGAUGGACAUGUGCUGAAAGUAAUCAAUUCAGCCUCUAAUGCACCCAAUGGACAUGAAAAUUAUAAUAAAACUUUACCCGUGGUUAUAACCGAGAUACCAGUUUUCCCGGGACGACCUGUAGUCAAUUUAAUGAUACACCGAACUCUUUUUGAAUCAAAGUUAAUUGUUGUCUCUGAUGGUGAAGUACAAGGUAUUCCCUUAUCUAAAUGUGAAAAACGUGCCAAUUCCUGUGGAAAAUGUGUUGCCCUUCAAGAUCCAUAUUGUGCAUGGGACAUUUCCAGGUCACUAUGUACCUCGUCCAGAGUACGAAUCUGGAAUCGAGAUAAUUUUGUUCAAAAUGUUGAAGAAGCUUGGGACAAUAGGUGUCCAGACGGAAGACCGCCAGGUCCAAAUGAGGCGGGAAUAGAUGGUUAUCGAAAUAGUGAUCGUCCAGGUGAUCGUUUAUCUUCUGGUGAACGAGGUGGUGGUAAUGGUGGUUCUCCGCCGUUAACAGCAGAAAGAGCCAGUGGAUCAGAUGAAAACUCAGCUGGAGCCAAUUGUGAGAUUGCAGCUUCACAGUGUUUCUCAUCGGAUACCUUAGCCUUUGGAAUAGUGACCUCAGUAGUUUCCUCGCUAGUUAUUGGUUUUAUUUUUGGCUACAUUUUUAGUAGCCGGUGUAAAAAGGAUCCAGGGGUGUGUUCACCUUACGCCGAUGGUCGAGCUUAUCUUGACCAUAGGACAUUAAGUAGACAUUUACCAAAUGACUCUUACGGUGGGAUAGGUGUUCCAUCAAUUAAUAAACCAAUUAAUUUAGUGUUAAAUGUUCCACCCAAGAACGGAAAAAACGCCAACAGCUCGGCAGACAACAAACCUUUUCAGAAGGUGAAGAAGAUAUAUUUAUAGAGAAUAGGCUUCAUCGUGGUUCAAUUAAACAACAACAACAACAACAACUUCAACAGCAACAAUCACAUUCACAUAUUUAUCAACCUACACAACAAUGGGAAUCAACUGUAAAUAGAUAUUCACAUGAAACUGAGUAUCAUGAUUCUGAUUAUGAAGAUAUAAGUGAUCUCUGAGCCAUUGAAUUGUUUUUUUUUCUAAAGUUUUAAUUAACUCAACAAACCACAACGAAACCACAAUCUUAAAAGCUAUUCAUCUAUCGCAAACAACCAGCUCAUAGUCAUCUUGAAAACCAGAAGAUUUGGACUCACAAUCCCGAUCUACAUCGAUCUCAAACCCAAUCCAAGCUUCAUCUUAGGCUGAUGUCUUUUUUUGUGUUGUGUCAAAAUUUCUGGUUAACAAGUUCAAGUUAAAUGACAUCGGUUGACUUUCUUUCUCUAAAACUUCAUCAUUUCAUUGGAUAUUCAAGCCUUCAACUCUGAAAGGGUACUCGUAAUUCAAUGUUGCCUCUGCCGAGGGUAAACAAACAAACAACAUUUUUUAAUGUAACAUCAUUUUCGCCAACUUUUUUUCAUAUCUUGUUCCUCUUGUGUUCAUUUUAUCCUUCAUCUGCUUACCAUCAUCAUCAUCAUCAUCAUCAUGCUCAUCUUAUUAAUAAUUAGCAUCGCCAUCAUCAUUUACCCACCACCUUCAUCAUCAGUCAAGGAUCUUAUCUCUCUCUCUCUCUCUCUUUUAACUUAUUGUAUACAAAAGCAAACUCAAGCUAAUCAAAACAAAGACAAUGGAAUUGAUAAUUUUGUAUAAAUCUGAGAAAAAAAUCCAAUGUAAGGACAAGACACUCACAAGUCAGAAAUGUUUUCAUGCUCUCUAAUUGUACAAUAAUAAUAAAAAACAAUUUUUUCUUUCUCCACAAAUGAA